AUGGCAAUCAAGACAAGUACAACGUCUUUAAUCCUAGUAGCAUUAUUGCAACUACUUCUUCGAUACUCUGUCGCCGAUGAAUGGCCGAUUAUACAAUCGACACGAUUUGGCGAUAUCCAGGGUAAAAGAAAAAACGUUCUGAACAAAGAAGUAGACACAUUUUUGGGUAUUCCAUACGCGCAACCACCAGUUGGCGAAUUAAGAUACAAACCACCGAAACCAUGGAUAACUAGAUGGGAUGGACCUCUUGAUGCAACGGAAUUUGGAAACAACUGUUGGCAGCCCAAACUGUCUUUGGAUCACCCUGGUUUGAUGUGGCAGUUUGCCACUGAAUCAUUGAAUGAAGAUUGUUUGUUUUUGAAUAUAUGGUCUCCUUACCCACGGAGAUCCGAUGCCGCAAUCAUGGUGUGGUUCCACGGUGGCAGUUUCAAUUGGGGGUCCUCUGGGGUAAAAGAAUACAACGGACAAGUACUCGCAGUCACCCAAAAUGUCAUCGUAAUUACAGUCAAUUACCGGUUGGGACCGCUUGGAUUUCUAUCUCUAGGAAACUCCGAAGUCCCUGGGAAUGUCGGAUUAAUGGAUCAAGCUAUGGCUCUCCGAUGGGUCAAGGAAAAUAUUGCCAAUUUUGGCGGUGAUCCGGAAUUGGUGACUAUUUUUGGCAGCAGUGCUGGUGGAGCGUCUGUCGGAUAUCACUUAUUUUCCCCAAUAAGUCGCGUUCUUUUUCGACGCGCGAUUUUAGAGAGCGGUACUCCAAAUUCGCCCGCGUUAAGGCCGAUAGACGAUGAAACAAACACGGUAAAUACAAAAAAACUCAUUGAAAGUCUAGGGUGCAUGUACGACGAGCGAGAUCUCGCACAUCCUGACACCAUCGAAUGUUUGAGAAAUAAACCAGCCGAGGAUGUCACAUCCAAUGUCUUCGCCGGUAAAAACCAUAAUAUCGUCAUCGACGGCGAGUUUCUAGAUCGCGAUUUCGACACCAUGAUGGCAGAACACGAUUUCAAAUCGACUGAAAUAAUGGUCGGAAACUGUGAAAGGGAAUGGAUGAUCAACUUGUAUCUGAAUAAUUUCUAUAGCCUAGAAAGCCAAAAUCCGCUGACUCAUGCGCUGUAUCGUAAAUACGCACACCCUUGCAUUAAAGGCGCUAACCUGAGUUCCGCUGUGACGGAAUCGGUUUAUUUCCAUUAUACAGACUGGACGGAUCCGUACAACCCCAUCAAACUUCGUGAUGCGGUGGACGCAAUAUGUGGUGACUACAAACUGAGCUGUCCCUCCGUUCAAUUCGUACACACAUACGCAAUGGCUGGUAAUCCAGCCUACUACUACUCUUUACACAAACGUGCGAAUGCAAGUCCGUGGCCGGAGUGGAUGGGGGCCGUGCAUGGUCAGGAGAUCACUUACGUGUUUGGACACCCACUGGACGUGACAAAUGAAGGCUUCCUUAAAGAAGAUGUAUAUCUAAGCAAACAAAUGAUGAAGCACUGGGCCAAUUUCGCCAAAUAUGGGUGA